AUGGGUUGCCGUAUGCAUAGCAUACUGGGAGCAGGUACUAUUACAACUACAAUCUACACCACCAGGUGUUACAACUACACAUCGAUCACCUAUUCAGAACCAGGGGUUUCUUAUUCACACCAUCCAUCCAACCAAGCAACCAAGCAACCAACCAUCCUCCUCCUCUUUCACCUCCGACCACCCCCCUCCAAAAUCCCCAUCCCAUUCCCAUGGACUGAUUUGAUGUGCGCCAUCCAUCUACGUGCGGCCUUUAACCGUUUAAUUCUCCGAUGGUUUUCCCCAAGUCAUGUGCAGACUUCUCUUCCCCCAGCGAUUCGCUACACCACCCCUCACCAGCUGAAAGCAACCCCUCUACCAGCAACAGACAGCGUCCCCAGCCCCGUAUGGUAUUACCUAACCCAUGGCAUGAGGGUAGAAGCGGCUGAGUUCUCUGCGGUCGGUGGUACUGGGUUGUUGGAAUAG